AAAAAAAAUCUGAUUGUGUCAGGCGUAAAAGCGUCUAUUGAAGAAGCGCAAACUCGAAGUAAAAUUUUCUUGUAGGCGUUCGCGGAUGUCGGAACCACUGUCAUUCGGCCACGGGCCAAAAAGAGAUGUAUAUGUUGUAGUCAAUCGAUCUAUUUCAAAAAAUUUCACUAUAUUUAUUGUUAUAGCUCGAUAAUACAGUGUCACAGAAAAUCGCCGAGAUGGGUUCUUUGUUUAGAAGUGCUGAAAUGACUUUGUGUCAACUAUUUUUACAAAGCGAGGCAGCUUAUGCUUGUGUAUCCGAACUUGGAGAACUUGGAUUGGUACAAUUCAGAGAUCUAAAUCCGGAUGUGAAUGCUUUUCAAAGGAAGUUUGUUAAUGAAGUACGUCGUUGUGAUGAAAUGGAAAGAAAACUUCGUUAUUUGGAAAAAGAAAUUAAAAAAGAUGGUAUUCCUAUGUUGGAUACUGGUGAAAAUCCCGAAGCGCCACAACCCCGUGAAAUGAUCGAUUUGGAGGCGACAUUUGAAAAACUGGAAAACGAACUUCGGGAGGUGAAUCAAAACGCCGAGGCUCUCAAAAGGAAUUUCUUGGAACUUACUGAAUUGAAGCAGAUUUUACGUAAAACGCAAGUGUUUUUCGAUGAAGAUUGUCAGGAUCAACAUUUUACAAAUUCGAAUUCUACUGCCGAUAUGCAGAUUGAGAAUCAAACGAGGACUAAUAAUCGCGAACAGCAUUUCAUUUUUUUCUUCGUCGCUGGUGUGAUAUUGAGAGAAAGAAUACCAGCUUUCGAAAGAAUGUUGUGGAGAGCUUGCAGAGGGAACGUAUUUCUAAGGCAAGCCGAAAUCGAGACUCCUUUGGAAGAUCCUUCAAGUGGAGAUAAAGUAUAUAAAUCGGUGUUCAUAAUAUUCUUCCAAGGAGAUCAGCUCAAAACUAGAGUGAAAAAAAUUUGCGAAGGAUUUCGCGCAACUCUUUAUCCAUGUCCCGAAGCACCGGCUGAUCGUCGAGAAAUGGCAAUGGGAGUGAUGACGAGAAUCGAGGACCUCAACACCGUUUUAGGUCAAACUCAAGAUCACCGUCACAGGGUGCUGGUAGCGGCUGCCAAAAAUAUUAAAAAUUGGUUCGUUAAAGUUAGAAAAAUCAAAGCCAUUUACCAUACGUUGAAUUUAUUUAAUUUAGACGUCACGCAAAAAUGUCUAAUUGCAGAAUGUUGGGUGCCGGUGCUCGAUUUGGAAAAUAUACAACUAGCCUUGAGGCGAGGAACGGAACGUAGUGGUAGCUCGGUCCCCCCGAUUUUGAAUCGCAUGGACACUAUCGAAGACCCGCCGACAUACAACCACACCAACAAAUUCACUAGCGGUUUCCAAACCCUAAUAGACGCCUACGGUAUCGCCUCCUACAGAGAAAUGAACCCGGCUCCGUACACCAUCAUAACUUUCCCGUUUCUAUUUGCCGUAAUGUUCGGCGAUUUGGGUCACGGUCUUUUGAUGACCAUCUUCGGAGCUUGGAUGGUACUCAAGGAGAAACCUCUGGCGGCUAAAAAAUCCGAUAACGAAAUUUGGAACAUAUUCUUCGGGGGUCGGUAUAUAAUCCUCCUCAUGGGUUGUUUCUCGGUUUAUACCGGUCUGAUUUACAACGACGUUUUCGCCAAAUCCCUCAAUAUAUUCGGUUCCAGUUGGGUUAUUCGCAAUAGGACCCAUUAUUUCGACCACAAAGAAUACAUUCUGGACCCGAAGACUAGCGAGAAUUACAUCGGUACCCCUUACCCCAUAGGGAUGGAUCCCGUUUGGCAAUUGGCGAAAAAUAAGAUAAUUUUUCAAAAUUCCUUUAAAAUGAAGAUUUCCAUUAUAUUAGGUAUACUGCACAUGUUGUUCGGUGUCGUUAUGAGUCUAUUGAAUCACCUAUAUUUCAAGGAUAAACUGAGUAUUUUGGCCGAAUUCAUACCGCAAAUUAUUUUUCUCGUUUUCCUGUUUUUCUACAUGGUAAUUUUGAUGUUCAUCAAAUGGUUCAUGUAUUUCGCUAACGUCGAAGAAAAGGAUUUCGUCUACGGUACUAGAUGCGCCCCCAACGUUCUCAUAACAUUCAUCAACAUGGUACUCCAAAAAGAGAGCCCCUACGACCCUAACUGUGGAACUUACAACAUGUUUGCCGGUCAACUGGGUUUACAAAAAUUUUUGUUCGUUUGCGCCAUCAUUUGCAUACCUUGGAUGUUACUAUCUAAACCCAUAGUGAUAAUGAGAGCCCGUAAACGUGCCCAACAGUAUUCGAUCCACUCUGCUACGGAAAACGGAGACGCCGAACAACCCAUGCAGAAUAAUACCUCGUCUACGUUAGUCGGGGGACACGGGGAACACGACGAGGAACCCAUUGGGGAAAUUUUCAUCCAUCAAGGUAUCCAUACCAUCGAAUACGUGCUGGGAUCCGUUUCUCAUACCGCUUCGUAUCUUCGGCUUUGGGCAUUGUCACUAGCCCAUUCGCAGCUUUCAGAGGUGUUAUGGAGCAUGGUAUUGAGUAAAGGUUUAAAGGUUGACGAUUGGUUUGGAGGGGUAGCUUUGUUUAUGAUCUUCGCUUUUUGGGCGGUGCUCACGGUCUCUAUUUUAGUCCUGAUGGAAGGACUGUCGGCUUUUUUGCAUACUCUACGUUUGCAUUGGGUGGAAUUUCAGAGCAAAUUCUACAAAGGAACCGGUUAUGGUUUCCAACCGUUUUCAUUCGAACUCCUAUUAGAUCCAGCUUCGCAAACAAAAGAAGAAAUUUAAAUAAAAUAAAAAACAAAGUCUCUCUUGCUAGGUUCCAUUAUUGUGGUGGGUACUUAAAUAUUUUCCGAAACUUAUUCGCAAUUCAACUAUAAUUAUAUUGGCUUUAAAAUAAUUAAAGAAAUAGUAGAAAAAAAUGUCAUUUUCGUAUAUUCCCGCUUAUGAUAUUUAAUCGCAUUUAAAAAAUAAUUUUUGUACAACUGUGUAUACCGAAGAUACGAGGGUUUCACAAAAUUUAAAAUUACGGAUUGUUUUUUUUUUAAUAAGUAAUUGGUUAUUCAGUUUGUCGUUUUUUUGUGAAUUCCUGUAUAUGUAAAUUCGGACCACUACGAGGGUAAUAAGUAAAAUUCAGUUGUUUGCUAACUGAAUCUUUGUAGAUGUAAAAACAUACCAAUAACAGUAUCAGCAAGGUUAUCUACUCAGAAAGUUACGAGUGUUGAAUAAUUUGCGGCUUUAUUUGGUAAAAUGAGCGCAAAAAUCGCACCAUUACGAGGGUUAUCCAGAAAGCAAAAUGUGAAGUUGUGUUGUUCGCUACAUGACCCCUUGUAGAUGUAAAAAUAAACCAAUAAUAGUAUCAGCAAGGUUAACUUUGCAGAAAAUAACGAGUGGUGAAUAGUGUGGGGCUUUAUUUGGUAAAAUUGGCGCAUAAAUCGCACCAUUACGAAAGUUAUCCACCAAGUAAAAAGUGUUUUUUGCUACAUGAAUCCUUGUAGAUGUAAAAACAUAAGAAUCAUCACGUCAUGAAGGUUAUUUAUUCAGAAAAUCACUGGCGUUGAAUAGUUUGUCGCUUUAUUAAGUAAAAAUCGCAGUAAUACAAGGGUGAUUCAAAAAAAUGUUUUGCAUUAAAAAUUAGUGAAGAAAAAAUAUUAUGUACAUUUUGGGGGUAAUUUUGACAAUAUUUCUACUUAAUCAUCACUUAAAUCGAGGUAGUUAUCAAAAUUUAGUUAGAUAAUCGUAAAUUUCUCAUCAAAAAUUCUUGAGUGUAUUUAAAUAAAUAAUUUCCGCCCUAUUACUUUUAUAACAAAAUCUCUUGAAAAUUUGCUAGAUAUUCAUUGAUUUAUUAUUGAUACAAAAAUUAGUAACAUUCAAAUCCAUACUAGUGAUAAAUUUUCUGUUGAACUUUCUAAAGUUUCCAAUCGCCCAUAAUAACAAAUUAGCUUAGAUUUGUCUCAAAAUUGUAAAAAUAUUGAGUUAAAUCAGUACAAUUUUCACAAAUUUUAAAUUAAUAAGUAGAAAAAGUAUCCCAGAUUUAAUAAACUAAGUACGACCAUGCAUUGUUUACACUUACCUUUAAAAUGUUAUAUUCCUAAUUAAAUAUUGUUUAUAGCACAAAGAAGGUUGAAAACACAUUAACAUAUAAAUAGAACACACAAAAUAAAAAACUUUUUAUAUUCCAAAUAAACACUAAAAUCACGAUAUAAAACACUAACAACUAUAACCUCGCGCAUCUUUACAUUAUGGCGGAAUUGUUGCAUUGAUCAUGUGGCAUCUCCGGCGAUGUUCAUAGUUGGUUGUGGUUUGAGAGUAACGCGGUGUUGCCAGAUUUUUUUUAACGAAUUUUCUUCAAGUGAUUGUAAAAUGAAAUUUCUAAGGACAAUGACGUUCUUAUUUUAUUUUUUUUAUUGAAUGCUUUAUAAAAAAUAAAAUUUUUAGAUAAAAUUAUUUCUUGGACAUUUUUUUAAAUAAAUAGUCUUGAUUUUGGAUCGUUUUUGAAAGAAAACUAUUUUUUAAAACAGUUAAAAAUCGACCUAUUUAGUCUUUACUAAAAUAUAUUUUACCUGUUUUAAAAUCUAAUUUUCAUUAAGAGACCUAAAAUCCAGACCAACAAAAAAAUGAUGUUUUAUAUAAAAUUUCACCCCAAAAUAUCUCAAAUUAAAAUCUUUCAUAUUGAAGGAACUGUUUCAAUUCUGGCAACGCCGUUGUAAGAAUUCCAAGAUGGUACCGAUGACCGUGCAAGUACAAAACAACUUUCGUACAAAUUUAUUGUUUGACAAUAAUUACCUUCGAAUUCAGUUUUAUUUUCAUUCACCGUGUAAUAAAUUUGAUUUACCAAAUACUACAGUUGUACAAAAGUUUCGUUCUCUUUCAGAAUUAGAUUGAUAGUAAGUAGUACAUUUGAACUACUAGUAGAUCAAAUGUAGUUGUUUCUAUAUAUUGCACUUGUCAUUAGUAAACUUUAUGCUAAACGUGUAUUUUAUUGCUGGUAUUGGGACAAGUACAUGAUUUUUCGAAAUUUGCAUGUAGUAGUAUUGAAAUUAAUUGAAUUGUAUACUCAAAACUUGCUCUAUUGCAUUUUUUUUUUAAUAUUUAAACAAAUUAUUUAAUAUAAAUAACAAAACAUUGUUCCUCGGGUUAUUUUUUAUAUUUUUUUAGUAUUACGUCAUUAAAUUUACAAAUUAUUCAAUAAACAAUUUUUUGAUUAUUUAAUAUUAUAACGUUUCUCCUUUUUAUCUAGUAAUUUUGUGUAUAUUAAAUACAAUAAAGGCUUCAAUUCAAGAAAAACAAA